AUGCCGGACUCUAAAUACACAAAACCCGUGAUUCUCUCACGGUGCACCCUGGACACCAAAGAAGCCCAAUGGAAGAGAUUAGUCAAGACGACCUAUCGAGAUCCCAAUGGUGUGCAGAGAACCUGGGAGUCCGCCGAGAUGCAGACUCGACCGGUGGACAGUGACCUCGACGGAGUCAGUAUCGUGGCCACCUUAAACAAGUCAACGGGCCCGGAACUGGUUUUGCUAAAACAGUACCGACCCGCUCUGGACAAGGUGGUCAUCGAAAUUCCCGGAGGCCUAAUCGACCCCGGAGAGUCCGCAGAGCAAUGCGCGCUGCGAGAGCUCAAGGAGGAAACUGGUUUUGUAGGAGAGGUGGAGAGGAUAAGUAGAACUCUGUUCAACUGUGAGUAUCUCAACUUGUAUAUCUCGCUAUGGGAGCUGCACCUAGGCUUCACUAGAAAGAGAAUUGACGACUUGACAGCUCCCGGGUUCUGCAAUAACAACUUCAAGCUUGCUUAUGUGAAUGUGGACCUGUCCUUGCCGGAGAAUCAGAACCCCAGCCCAGAGCUAGAGGAGGAAGAGUUUAUCGAGGUCUUCACGCUCCCUAUCAAGUCGCUCUUUUCCGAUAUCAAGAGGCUCGAGAAAGAGGGAUUCGCCAUUGAGACUCGGGUCGUUGCGCUCGCAGAAGGUCUUGAACUGGCGAGGAAGUGGAACCUGUGA